UGUCUCCUUUGAAAUGAAGAAACUUUUAUGGAGUCUGACUGUGUUUGGUGUCAUCUUAAUCCUCCCUGUUAAUGGGGUGCUGGAGUUUGAUAAAAUGGAGAGGCUCCCAGAUUUUAAUGGGACAAAUGUGUAUCAGACCGAAAAUAAUGUCUAUUCCAAAGCAAAGCCUACAAUGGUAGAACUCACUUUCGUUAAAAAUCCUGUUGAGAGAUCAGCAGUGUGUCUAGAUGGAAGUCCUUCCGGAUAUCAUUUUCAUCCCGGGUCCGGUUCAGGAGCAAAGAAUUGGAUCGUUCAGUUUGAGGGAGGUGGAUGGUGUGGUACCAUCGAAGAUUGUGUAAAUAUGAAAAAAAGUAGUCAUGGAUCGUCCAAGUAUAUGGAGAAACAGAUACCUUUUACAGGAAUUCUAAGUGACAAAGCCGCGGAAAAUCCAGACUUUUAUAACUGGAACAAAGUAAAAGUUAGGUCCUGUGACGGUGGAUCCUUAAUGGGAGACAAUGAAAAUAAGGAUGCAAAACUUCAGUUUAGAGGAAAGCGAAUAUGGACAGCUGUUAUGGUAGACUUGAUGACAUUCAAUGGAUUGCGUGAGGCAAAGCAGGCUCUGCUUUCUGGAUGUUCUACUGGAGGCCUUGCAGCGAUACUUUACUGUGAUAAUUUUAAAUGGUAUUACCCUAAAGGCAAAGUAAAAUGUCUGAGUGAUGCUGGCCUUUUCCUUGAUGCCACCGAUGUCGCUGGAGAUCGACCUCUUAGAAAUUUAUACAGAGAUUUAAUACAAUUACAGAGUGUUACAACACAGCUCUCUAACGAAUGUUUAAAACGUCUUAAUCCAACUUCGUGUUUUUUCGCGCAAAACCUAAUAAACCAAGUGAACACGUCAUUGUUUAUUCUAAAUGCUGCAUACGAUUCUUGGCAGAUCCGAGAGAGUUUAACUCCUAAAUCUGCAGAUCCAAAUGGAAGUUGGUCUGACUGUAGACUUAACAUCGCAAAGUGCAAUGCAUCUCAGAUCAAGUUCUUGCAAGGUUUCAGGACUCAUAUGGUGAAUUUGAUCAAUGGUUUUACAAAGCCAAGUAAGAACGGAGUAUUUAUUAACUCGUGCUUUACACAUUGCCAAACAGAGAAUCAGGACACAUGGUAUUCCAAAAACUCUCCUGCUGUUAAGAACAAGAGGAUUGCAGUAGCUGUGGGAGAUUGGUAUUUCGAAAGAAGAGGAGCGAAACUCAUAGACUGUGCUUAUCCUUGUGACAAGACUUGCCGCAAUGAAGUUGUCGAAUGAUAAAUUGUUUCUAUAUAUUUUGGCAUUCAAAUCCUUUUUGUCAUUCUUAUUUGCAACAAAUAACCGAAAAUAAAGGAAAAUUGCCUAGAACAAUUUAGCUAACCAAA